AGCUGCAAGUCCAGGAUGGAAGAGAAGCCCUCAGGGAUGCAUGACAUUUUGGAAAGAGAUGCUCAGACCUUUCUCAUGCAUGAAACUUCAGAGCUUCAGGCAGAUCUGCUUAGGAAAUCAAAAUCUCUGGAUCCUCAGGAGCUGUCAAGGCCAUCUGCCUCACAACUCCAGGGGCCAAGGAAAGCAGAAAUUCCUCAGACUCCAGGAUAUCCAAAAAAAUGUCCUCACGUCCUUGAGAAGCAAAUGCUGAAGAGGCUGGAGAUUUUUCCACCACAGGAAAAUGCACAGGUGGUGAGAGACCCCCUACAGGACUCAAAGGUGUUACAGAUGGAGAGCGAAUCUUCUGUGCAAAAAGAGCCGAGGGGACUGGAAUCCUCACAGAAGAAACCUGGAGAAAGUGAGUCGGGUGCCCUUGAUUCCCAGGAAAACAAUGACUUCAAAGUUCAAGGACAGAAAGAAAUGGAAAGCCUCCAGCAACCAGGAACUGUGCAAACAGAAUGUGCAUCUCUGCAGGUCCAGGGGAGGCUACAGAAGAACCAAAUGAGUCUGGAAUCCACAGAUCUAUGCCCCCCGUAUGUCCUUCGACUUGAGGAGGAAACCCUGCUAAGGCAGUCAGAGUUCAUGGGGCACAGAAAGUCCACAGCUCAGCUGCCCCUCAGAUAUCAGGAGAUGCAAGUUGCCCUGCCCUGGAGAAGUUUGCUGGGGAAAUCCAAAUCCUUGGAUCUGGGGGAGCUUCAGGCUGUGCAGUCAGAGGCAUCAACGGAGCUGGAAAACCCGAUGCUGCAGAACCCACAGAGCCGCCUGGAGAAGGGCAUGCAAACAGCCGGUGAGGAGGCCAUGGAUCCUGUCCUGCUUGAGAGGGAACAGGCCGGAAUCUGCCAGCCUCCACGCCCUCGGCCCCCACGCCGGGAGAAGGCCUUCAUCUGGCUCUCCCGCCAGGAGAAGGAGGAAGCCCUGCAGCAGCUGGCAAAGCUUCAGGCCGAGGGAGAACGCCGGCACCAGCGCGACAAGGAGCGCCAGAGCCUGCGGUUCCAGGAGAGGCUGUCUAUUGCCAAGCACCGCAAAUCAGAAGAGGACCUUCUGGGAGGCAGUCCAGUCGAGCGAUGGCCGCCCCACACGGAACCACCGGGCCAGCAGGACCAGGCUGGCCAGAAGACAGCGCUGAAGCGCCACCUGGAGAAGGUGAAGCGAGAACGGACCUACGUCAUGCAGUCCAAGCGAGAGAGGAACACUCUGCGGUUCAAGGAGCUCCUGGACCCACUGGUGGCCCAGCCGGAGGAGAGUCCCGAGCCGGGGGAAGUGUGAAGACAACAAGCGGGGGCCCUCCCGACUCAGGGACCCACCCGGAGCGACCAGGAGCCUGGCAGUGGCUGGUUAGAUCUUCAAGCAAAGGACUGACACCAACCCGGAGGGAGCAAGGAGUAAGAAGAGGACUCUCCGCCAUCUCCCUCCUUGGUCUACCCUGUAUGGAAUCCUUCCUGUCCACUUAGGAUUUGUAAAGCACCCAGCACACUGGCUGACAUGAGGAGGGAAAUUACUCAAGAGUAGGCCCAUUCACAUUCAUUGGAACGGGACUGCUGCCUUUUCAUCCCAGCGGGGCUGCUUUCAGUCACUUUCCUCAUCAUGUCAGCCACUGAUGGCAUACUGUGGAGAAGCUGCACCCGCUCACAGGCUCCACCCUGCGCAACUCAGAAGGGCGCAACUCAGGAUCCGAGCGAGGCCAUGGCACAAGGAGGACGUCCGGCCUCUUUUGCAGACUCCGGAGCCCAAGCUGUGAUCGGUUCUGCUAGGCAAGAGCUCUCAGCCCCUUCACGGAACAGGCACCAGGGUCCCUGGGGAGGAAGCUUCGCCCAUGAGACAAGAGAGGUGGUGUCCUGCCCUCUCCUGCUCCCUCCCUUCCGGUCUCCAGCUGAGACUGCUGUGUGUCGCUACCAGAAAACAGGCUCCGUUUCUAGGACAUGAGCUCAGUUCGGACAGAGAGCGCUCUCCUUCCUUGUUCUGUGUGAGCCACUUUGAGCACUUCUUUGUUGGAAAGCGGGCUGUGAACCAAAUCAUCAUCAUCUACCACCACCAGGAAAUCCAUCAUUGCCUCUGAUGCAAAUUCUGCAAGCAGGGAUUCAAUUUUGCCAGGAGCGGCUUGUCCGAAUGAGCCAGGAAGGCACCGCAGGGGACAGCUCGUCUCUCCCGCCCAGGAGCUGCACUACCUGCAGGCUGGCCAUUCAUCAGGUAGAGCAGUAUGGUUAACCACACAGCUCUACCUGACAAACUGCCAGCCUGCGGGCAAUGCAGCUCUCAGGCGGGGUGGGAGAGAGAAGAGCCAGCCCAGCUGCUCCCUUUGGUGCGCCCCUGGCUUGUUCGGAUGAGCCGCUACUGACUUGGGGAGAGAACACUUUCUGCUUCUCUGGUCCCGCUUUUCAAAUGUUAGGCGUGACAUCAACAUCGAUGGGAAGGGGAGUGGGGGGAACGACAGAGAUGUUUUCAAUUAAAUAGCUGCUCUCAGG